UGUGUGUCUUUCGCUGAACAACCUCUAUAUAAACCUCACUUCUUCAUCGUGCAAAACAUCUCCAAGCGCAUUCAAUCAAUACUCGAAUUCUGUGGCACCAAAAUGAGUUCCUACAAUCAGCAACAAGCUCCCACUGCCGAGACAAACUCGUACCCUCCGCAGGGACAGGCCUUUCCCGGUUACGUUGCACCUCCACCUCUAGGAUAUCCUGUUAAAGAUGGGGCUGUAAGUUCCCAGCAGGUUCCAGUUCAGACCAAGAGCCGUGGCGAUGAUGAUGAUGGCUUUUUGAAAGGAUGUUGUGCUGCCCUGUGUUGCUGCUGCGUCCUGGAUACAUGCUUUUGAGCAGGAGACCGUGACAAAGCUUUAUUUAUGCUGAAUAUUUAUAUUAGCAUCGUAAUGGGAUUAUACUUUUCUUCUGGUUCUGCUUGUACUAUUGUAUGAAUUUUCAAUUUGUAAUGGAGUUUGCAAUAAAUUGAUCAUGUGUUCUCUAUGGAGAAUAUUGUUGCUUAAUUAAA